AUGCUCAACAAGCUCCAUGGGCAGCCCGAAUCCUAUGAUCGCAAGUCGAAAUACCGCAUGGGCCGCACCCUCGGCGCUGGCACCUAUGGUAUUGUCAAAGAGGCCGACAGCCCUGACGGCAAGGUGGCAGUCAAGAUCAUCCUAAAGAAGAACGUCAAGGGCAAUGACCAGAUGGUCUACGACGAGCUGGAGAUGCUCAACCGCCUCCACCAUCCGCACAUAGUCCGCUUUGUCGAUUGGUUCGAAUCACGAGACAAGUACUACAUUAUCACGCAGCUUGCUACUGGUGGUGAACUCUUCGACCGCAUCUGCGAGAAGGGCAAGUUUACGGAGAAGGACGCUUCGCAGACUAUAAGACAGGUGCUGGAGGCAGUCGACUACCUGCAUCAGAACGAUGUAGUGCAUCGCGACCUCAAGCCAGAGAACCUGCUCUACGUCACUCGCGCACCUGACUCGGAGCUUGUCCUUGCAGAUUUCGGUAUUGCAAAGCACCUCGACUCGCCGGAUGGAGUGCUCAAGACCAUGGCUGGGUCGUUCGGCUACGCAGCUCCAGAGGUCAUGCUCAAGAAAGGUCAUAGCAAGCCGGUCGACAUGUGGUCACUCGGCGUCAUUACCUACACUCUUCUCUGCGGCUACUCUCCCUUCCGCUCCGAAUCCCUCGCCGACCUCAUCGACGAGACAAAGCACGGCCGUGUUGUUUUCCACGAGCGCUACUGGAAGGACGUCUCAUCACAGGCCAAAGCCUUCAUCAUGACCCUUCUCAAACCGGACCCGCACGCCCGUGCCACGAGUAGCGAAGCCCUGCAAGAUCCCUGGAUCAAGGGCCACGGCGCCACCAACCACGACUUGCUUCCUGAGAUCAAGGCCUACAUCGCACGCGCCCGCCUCAAGAGAGGUGUGGAGCUCGUCAAGCUGGCCAACCGCAUCGAAGCGCUCAGGAUGCAGGAGGAUGAGGAGGAGGAUGUGCCGCAGGAGGCGGAUGUGCCCGCAGACUCGAAGAAAGCAGCUCAGGAGGCUGUAGACAGUCACCACCAGCGGCAGAGUUCUGGGGGUACGUCGGGUGGCUUGGCACCGCCGGACCAGGAGGUGUCGAGGAAGAGGAGUUUGAGCAAAUUGGCCAAGAGUGCCAUCUUCCGCGAGGUCGUCCUCGCUAAAGUCAAGGAGAUGAAAGCGCAGGAGGAGCAGCAGAAGACCCUCUCAGAUGUCACUGGUCAUGGAUCCACGCCACCUGCUCCAAAGCGGUGA